AUGAAUGGUGACAAAAUAACGAAUAAUCAGAGAAUAAUAGCCGCUUUGCCCACCAUAAAGUAUAUGUUGGAGCAAAAUUGCAAAUCUUUGGUGUUGGCAUCGCAUUUGGGCCGACCAAAUGGUAAAAGGAAUCCGAAAUUCAGUCUCCUACCGGUAGCAAAGGAAUUGGAAAGGUAUCUUGGCAAAAGAGUUCACUUUAUGUACGAGUGCCCUGGGAAAGAUGGUCUUGAAGUGAAGCAAGAUCUGCCCGAUGGUACUGUAAUAUUACUCGAAAAUUUGCGCUUUUACGAGGAGGAGGAGGGUAGCACUAAAAACUAUCAUCAGGAAAUAAUAGUUGAUCCGGCUAAGGUGAAGGAAUUCCGCAAAAAAUUGGCAGCAAUGGGUGAGAUAUAUGUGAAUGAUGCAUUUGGCACGGCACACCGCAGGCAUAGCUCCAUGAUGGGCGAAGGUUACAAUAUGCGUGCUGCAGGAUUUUUGCUGUAUAAUGAGCUUCAAUAUUUUGCCAGGGUAUUAAACAAUCCGGAGAGACCCUUGUUGGCCAUUUUAGGUGGAGGUAAUGUCAUUGAAAAGAUACCGUUGAUAAAAAAUCUUUUGAACCACGUCAAUGCCAUGAUUUUGUCUGGUGGGAUGGCCUUUACAUUUCUAAAGACAUUAAAAUGUAUGGAGAUUGGAAAGUCGCUGUAUGAUGAGAAAGGCAGCAAAAUGAUUCCUGAGAUAAUGUCACAGGCUAUGAAAAACAAUGUGGAGAUAAUACUGCCUGUGGAUUUUAUUUGCGCCAACGAAAUUGCCAUCAACCCUAAGGAAAUAAAGUCGAUCGACAUAAAGCAAGGUGUGCCCAAAGACUUUGUGGGUUUGGAUAUUGGCGAGAAAUCGGUAGCGCUCUUUAGAAAGGCCAUUAAUCCGGCGAAAACAAUUGUUUGGAAUGGUCCACCUGGGCUUUUCGAGUAUGCGGCUUUUGCUAAUGGCACUAAGGCAAUACUAAAGUCCUUGAUUGAAGCCACCACAAGUGGUGCAACGACUGUCCUGAGUGGUGGAGAUACAGCCACUGCUUGCAAGAAUGCGCCUAUUGGAGGGGAAGGAGUUAAUCGGCGUUGCGGCUCUUUCUGA